UGACACACACACACACAGACAAACACACAGGUUGGUACUGUAAAGAAACAUGUCUUCCUCUCAGCAGAAUGUGAGGCGGACUCGCAGAUAGGACGGUCCAACAAUCAUCCAGGCCGAGUGACGAACUGCUGGUUCUGCUCCGGAGAUGGCGUCCCUGCCGUGGUCGGUCCCCAACGUUACCCCUUCCCCUAGCUUCCCGGACAAUAGCACCUGCUACAGAGACACAAACAACACUGUUCUCAGUGGAGUCCCCUUCGGAGGAGUGCUGGUCGUGCUAUUGCUGGAUUUUUCUGUCUUUCUGGUGCUGCUGGUCAUCUUCUCGAUUAUUAGGAGGAAGUUAUGGGACCAUGGGCGUUUAGCUCUGGUCGCAGACAAGGAAGGACUCACCAAGGCAACACACAGUCGCAAUCGACACACCUCAUCGCUUGUGUCUACUGAGGAGGCCUUUGAGUAUGAACAGGGAUUCUGCUCUUGGCUUCCUUACAUCAUCAGUAUGAAUGAUGAACAAAUAAAAUCCAAAAGUGGCCCGGAUGCUGUUCAUUACUUAUCCUUUCAGCGUCAUCUGAUCUUCUUGCUGUUCAUCAUGACUGUCAUCUCCCUGUCAGUCAUACUGCCUAUCAAUUUGAGUGGAAACCUACUAGGUAAUGAGGCCAAGGAUUUUGGAAGGACAACUAUUGGAAAUCUUUCAAAUGGAAACAGCCUGUUAUGGGUGCACACAGGAGUUGCAGUUAUCUUCUUGAUCCUGACAAUUAUUCUGCUGCGACGUCACACAUCUCAAGUACAAGACAGAAGCAGAGAGAAGACCAGAAACACGUUGUUUGUGCGUUCAGUUCCUAAAACAGCGACGGUAGAAGAUGUAAAGGCCCAUUUCAUAGAGGCGUACCCGACCUGCGAAGUUACGGCUGUGACCCUGGGCUAUGAUGUGACCAAGCUCAUGAGCCUUGAUCAGGACAGGAUUCAAGCAGGAAAAAGUCUACGCUACUAUGAGCGUGUCCUAGAGACAACAGGACAACAUGAGUUCAUUAACCCUCAUUUGUGUGGAAAACUCUGUUCCUGCUGCAACUCCAAGAAGGUUGAUGCCAUCGAGUACUACAGUACUAAAGAAAAAGACUUUCUUGGAAAGAUGAGGGAGCAGGCAGAACUAGCACCAAUGCACCCUCUGGGGAUGGCCUUUGUGACCUUGCAGACCGAGGCCAUGGCCAAGUUCAUUCUGAAAGACUUCAACGCGCUCAAGUGUGUUGGCAAAAGCUUCUGUUGUGGGAGCGAGCCACAGCCUUCGUCCUGUAGUGUAUGUCUGAAAGUAAAAAAGUGGAGAGUCAGCUUUGCACCUCACCCCAAGAAUUUAUACUGGGAGAAUCUGUCAGUGCGGGGUUUUCACUGGUUCACGCGCUAUGUGAUAAUAAACUUGUCCCUCUUCACCCUGCUCACCUUCCUCACGACUCCCACCAUCAUAAUAAACACCAUAGACAAGUUCAAUGUGACAAAACCCAUCACUGAUCUUAACAGCCCCAUUGUCAGUCAGUUCUUCCCCACUCUACUGCUGUCGACCUUCUCUGCAUUGCUUCCCACUGUAGUCUACUAUUCUACUCUAGGAGAAGCCCACUGGAGCAGGUCCAGUGAGCAGCUGAGCAUGAUGCGUAAACUCUACAUAUUCCUGCUCUUCAUGGUGCUCAUCCUCCCCUCACUAGGACUCACCAGUCUCGCAUUUUUUUUCCGCUGGCUGUUUGAUCACACAUUCCUCACCAAUGGGACAGUAAGGUUUGAGUGCGUGUUUCUGCCUGACCAAGGGGCGUUUUUUGUCAACUAUGUGAUCGCAGCGGCUUUUGUGGGCUCUGGGAUGGAAUUGCUGCGGUUGCCAGGGUUAUUACUUUACAUCAUUCGUUUGGCAUCCGCACGCUCUACCGCUGAAAGGAAAUAUGUCAAACAGAGCCAGGCUUACGAAUUUGCAUAUGGAGCCAUGUAUGGCUGGACCCUCUGUGUGUUCACGGUUAUUACGGCUUACAGCAUCAUUUGUCCAAUCAUUACGCCUUUUGGUCUACUGUACAUACUGCUGAAGCACCUGGUGGACAAGCACAACCUCUACUUUGUCUACCUGCCUGCCCGCCUCGACCGCCAUGUCCACCUGGGAGCUGUCAGUAAAGCCAUGGCCGCACCCAUCAUCUGCCUUAUAUGGCUUUACUUCUUCUCUGUCCUCAGAACAGGUUUCUGGAGCUCCACAUCUCUCAUCACACUGGUGGUUGUGUUUAUCACUAUCUUCAUUUGCAUUAGCUACAUGUGCUUCGGCUUUUUCAAGUACCUCAGCCCACACAACUAUACGGUGAAAGAAGAGGACAAGGAAGAGGUAGCUGAAGUAAAUGCUGAGGUGUAUCUUCCCAGAGUGCUUAAUCCUGAAUCACCUGCCAGCACCGUACAGGGGUCCAAUCAUCAGUCUUAUGGAGCCACAGACAGCAGCCGGACCAGCAGCCUCAGUCCAGUAGAGGGAAGCAUGUCAGCUGAUUCAGUGCAUUUCAUCACAGAUCACCAGAGGCAAGACUCCUGAUUAUAAAUCAGCCUUCUUCAGUCAGAGUUUGAAGUCACCUACACCAUACUGCCUGACGCAGCUCAUCGAGAAAACAUCUCUAGAUGGUUCCAGAGAAGGAAAGUGCGCUGGGUUCCAAAGACCAGGGGCCUCAUUUAUAAAACAGUGCUUAGGAUUCAUACUAAAAGUGUAUGUGCUUUGAUAUGUUUUAUUCACUUCAAACACAUACCCGUCGGCUAAUUAACCAAGAGUGGUGAGUACUUGUGUUUGUACUGGAGUGAUUCAGUUCCAUCGUAUCGUUCUGUGUAAUACUGAAUCCAGUUCCACAGAAUCUAAAUUGGCUGAUUGUCAUUGGACAGGAAAUCUUUGUCACCGCUGAACACUUACUCUCUCCUUGUCUUUUCAUUCGCAUAAAGGCCUCUAUCAUUGCAUCCAUGACGCAGCAUUAUGCACAAGUGUCAUAGAAAUAUUCAUAUAUUUACAGAGGGAUUAUUUCACACCCUGAAACUUGAUCAGGACAAUCAACCCUUACCUCCACCCUGGGACAUGAUUUGGAGGUUUGAAGGUGAAAACAGUGGCUCUGUGGGCCUGGCAGCACAGUCAUGUUCACUGCAGCACGAUAUUAAAACUAGUGGUGUACUUGGUGAUGCAUGCACUGGGUCAGAAGAUACAUGUAUUACAAACUGCUAAUUGCUAUGGCUAUGUUUUAACAGCACAAGUAACACUGCUGGUUUCAAUGUUUAAGAUAAAGUGGAUCAAUGAUCUGGCAUCAAUUCACCACCUUACUUCUGCAUCAUCACUUUCCUGUCCCCCAAAAUGUUCAUGAACAUGGGUCAGAGUUUACGUAAAAGUGCGCACAUUCUCCCGUCAAGUUUUUUUAAUCCCAACUUUAGAGAGCCCACUUCAUGCAUGUGCAACAGUUAUAAAUGAGGCCCCAGCUGUCGUGUGAAACCAAGCUUCCUCUCUUAAUCGUGUCAGUCACAAAACAUGGCUUCAUGUUUCCCUCCGAGAUCUCUCUCUGAUAAGGACCAAGUCACCAAGGAAUGUUGAACCAAAACCUGCCAUUUUAAUCAAGCCAUAAUGUUUGUGGAAAAAACACAGACAUAUAUUUCAUUGCACAUGAAUUGUAAGAGGCAAAAAAUGCAAUUAACUAGAAAAUUGAAGCCACUGUCGCUGAUGCCAAAGAGGAGUUCUCUGUGUCUCCACAUUUCUCCAGUGCCUUUUUUGAUGCUACAUGAAGACAUCUACUGCCAAGGGAAUAAUUUUUGCCAAAUUAAUAAUGCACUUUUUGUAUCAAGAGAGGACUGUGUUUUUGUGUAGUAACAAGAGCUAAAUAUUUUUACUUCUUUAAUAAGACAAAAGAACAAAUUUUUGUAUAAGUAUUUCAGGCAUUUUGUAAUCAUAAGUGUGAGAAUAUUUAAGCUGUAUAUUGCCAUUGUUAGAUAUUAUUUUCAUCAUUCAAGGUAAAAAAAAAAAAAAGUUCUCAUUAAUGUACGAAUGUUUUUGAAAAGGUCAAACAUUUUUCUAUUUAAUGUACGGUGGCGUCAUGUGUUUGUAGCUUUGUGCAUUUUAACAAAGAAUUAAACCAUUAAAACAAAACUGUUCUGA